CGCCAACACAUUCGAACCAUCUUCUUCAAAAAUAUCCAACAAGUCUAGCCGGUUAACUACAUUUCACUACUAUCCUUAACAUGGCCUCUUCCAAUAAUUUUGACUUUCCUCGUUUUCCUCCACCACCAGCUCACUUCCAGCCACCACCACCUUCUCCUCCUAAUGUACGACCACCUCCACCACCCCCACUACCACCUGCACCAUCACCAAGCAACAACAGUACCACAGUCGUACUAGUUGUGUUUGUCUCGCUUGGUGGUGUUUUCUUUCUUGCAUUCCUUGCUUUUGCUCUUUGUUGCUUCAUCAAGAAAAGAAAGAAGAGGGUUCAAGAAACUGAUGUUAUUCAAGUUGAUGAACACCUGAAGGUUAAAGAAGCCAUCGUUGAAGGACCUAAUGGUCCGCAAUCUGUAGUGCUACAGAUUGAAGAUGAUGUUCAUGUUAAUGAAGUAAUCAAAAAACAAAAGGAAGAGAAUUUUGGCGAUGGUUUACAUAAUGCUAAAAACAAGUCUCUGGAGAUUGGAGCAUUGCCCUCUUCUUCUGCUUCUAGUACUCAUUCUCAGCUUCAAAACAAGGCCUGAUCAUUACUUAAUACUAUUAUUUAUUAAUUGAUUCCUUUUAAUUACAUUGUUAAUGUUGUGCCCAUUUGGAAAGAUUGUGUAAAGGCCGCUACCCGUUUGUAAAAGAAGAAAAAGAAAAAGAUUGAAAAUAAAUAAACAAAAAAUAAACAGUGACAGGCUCAAGUAUAUAUAGUUCAUUUGUGGUCAA